AUGAAGGCCCACCUGUCCGUCGCCUUCGCUGUAUCUCUCGCUGUCGCCUCCCUUCCUGGGGCGCUAGGUUGGGGUGCGGCAGGGCAUGAAAUUGUUGCAACAAUUGCCCAGAUUCAUUUGCAUCCAGCGGUCCUCCCUGUUCUUUGUGAUAUACUGCAUCCAGGAUCAUCCAGCUCGUCCGCUGGACCCCCGUGUCACCUCGCUCCGAUUGCAGCUUGGGCCGACCGUGUGCGCGGUAGCCCUGCAUACCGGUGGACAGCGCCCCUCCAUUACGUAGGCGCGAUAGAUGACUCGCCUGGCGAUGCUUGCGAGUUCCCCGGUCCUCGAGGAUGGGCAGGACGACACAAUAUAAAUGUGCUCGCCGCGGUCGGUAACAAGACCGCGGUGCUCGCUGAGGCUCUGAGUGGCGAGCGCAGUAUAACGGAUGGCGAAGUCGCGUUGAAGUUCUUGGUGCACUUUGUCGGUGACAUGCACAUGCCGCUCCAUUUGACAGGCAAGGAACGGGGCGGGAACGGGGCAAAGGUGACCUUUGACGGACGCGUAACGAACCUUCAUAGUGUCUGGGAUGGCUUGCUGAUCGCGCAGGCCUUGCGCACCAUCCCGGCAAACUACUCGCGUCCGCUGGCAGACGCACCGGGCGUCGAGGCGCAUUUGCGCGGUACGAUCUAUGACUCAUAUAUUCGCCGCAUCAUGCACGAGGGUUUCGGCGUUGGGGCUGGUGCCUCUACGGGUGCUGGCCGCUUUGAUGGUGUCGACGAGUGGCUCAGCUGUCCUGCCGACGAAGCUCCAGAAGUCGCAUCACCGGGGGGAUUGCUUUCAGCAGUCUUCCAGAGCAUACAAAACGUGCUUGGACUGGGCAGGCGGGACGAUGCUAUUAUUGAGAAGAGGCAUCAGGCUAUGCGGCCAAAGUUCCCCGACGGGACUCAUGUGAGCAACGCGAAGCGCAGCUGGGGCUCGUUCAGAUCAACAAUCGGGGACGAGAAGCAAUGGGACGAUGGCGUUCUAUGCCCGUACGCGUGGGCGCGCGAGAUUCACGAGCUCAACUGUGCGCUGCCCGUCUGGCCAGCAGAGCUGAGCGUUCAGCAUUCCUCUGGGGCAGCCGAUCCGGAACUAGACAGCCACUCGGGAUGUGCCCAUGACGACGACGUCGGUGCAGCGAUGGCGGGACGUCCACGACCGCAUCCCGACCUCUUGGAGCUGGAUACCCCGGCAUAUGCUGGGCACAUACGCGCACAAUGGGUCGUCGAGCGCCUCCUUGCCAUGGCUGGCAUACGUCUUGCUGGCAUCCUAAACGGUCUUGUGCUCGGAGGAGACCCAGACGAUGAGAUGUUGGCGAACGUGUAUCCGCGACUCUGA